UGUCCCAUCAUUGGUGUCAGUGGGAGGAAUAGUGCCCCAUCAUUGGUAUCAGUGGGGGGGAAUAGUGCCCCAUCAUUGGUGUCAGUGGGAGGAAUAGUGUCCCAUCAUUGUUAUCAGUGGGGGGAAUAAAUAGUGCCCCA